AUGGAGGAGCUCGCAGAGCAUGGCACUUUCUUGCCUUACAAUAUGCAAGGACUGACAGAUGAGCAGAUUGAAGAGCUGAAGUUAAAGGAUGAGUGGGCAGAAAAGUGUGUACCAAGUGGUGGAAGUGUCUUCAAGAAGGAUGUAAUGGGGCGAAGAAAUGGACAUGCUCCAAAUGAAAAAAUGCAGCAAGUUAUAAAGAAGACAAUAGAGGAAGCCAAGGCAUUAAUCUCUAGGAAACAAGUUCAGGCCAAUGUGUGUGUUAAUAUGGAGAUGGUGAAAGAUGCAUUGGAUCAGCUCCGAGGGGCUGUGAUGGUUGUGUAUCCAAUGGGAUUGCCUCCACACGAUCCAGUUAGGAUGGAGUUUGAAGAUAAAGAAGACUUGUCUGGAACUCAUGCUGGACUUGAAGUUAUAAAAGAAUCAGAAGCACAAUUAUGGUGGGCAGGAAAGGAGUUGAAAGAAACAAAGUUGCUCUCUGACUACGUAGGCAAAAAUGAGAAAACAACCAUCAUUGUCAAGAUACAGAAAAAAGGACAAGGAGCCCCAGGGCGUGAACCUCUGAUUAGUCAUGAAGAGCAAAAACAGAUGAUGCUGUAUUACCACAGAAAGCAGGAGGAACUUAAGAAACUGGAAGAGGAUGAUGACGACUCAUUUCUAAAUGCUGAGUGGGCAGACAGCCAGGCUUUGAAAAGGCAGUUUCAUGGUGUAAAAGACAUCAAGUGGGGGCCAAGAUGA